GACACCGGGAGAACGCGGAAGUGUGUGCGGGAGGAGGACCAAGCAGAGGCCGUGUACUGUCACACUUCAUCCCGUUACCGACGCUGUUGUCACGGAAAACCGCCAGUUUGGAUCCAAGAUGACAGACUCCAAGUACUUCACCACCACCAAGAAAGGGGAGAUCUUUGAGCUGAAGGCCGAGCUCAACAGUGACAAGAAGGAGAAGAAGAAGGAGGCGGUGAAGAAGGUGAUCGCCUCUAUGACUGUGGGCAAGGAUGUCAGUGCUCUGUUCCCUGAUGUGGUGAACUGCAUGCAGACAGACAACCUGGAGCUGAAGAAGCUGGUGUACCUCUACCUCAUGAACUACGCCAAGAGCCAGCCCGACAUGGCUAUCAUGGCUGUCAACACCUUUGUAAAGGACUGCGAGGACCCUAACCCCCUGAUCCGUGCCCUAGCUGUGCGCACCAUGGGCUGUAUCCGAGUGGAUAAGAUCACUGAGUACCUGUGUGAGCCCCUGAGGAAGUGUCUGAAGGACGAAGACCCCUAUGUGAGGAAGACUGCCGCUGUGUGUGUGGCCAAGCUCCAUGACAUCAACGCUCAGCUGGUAGAGGACCAGGGCUUCCUCGACACUCUCAAGGACCUCAUCUCCGACUCCAACCCCAUGGUGGUGGCUAAUGCGGUGGCUGCUCUGUCAGAGAUUGCAGAGUCUCAUCCCAACAGUAACCUGCUGGACCUAAACCCUCAGACCAUCAAUAAGCUGCUGACUGCCCUCAAUGAGUGCACCGAGUGGGGCCAGAUCUUCAUCCUGGACUGUCUGGCCAACUACACACCCCGAGAUGACCGCGAGUCCCAGAGCAUCUGUGAGCGUGUGACUCCCCGGCUCUCUCAUGCCAACUCGGCCGUGGUGCUGUCGGCCGUCAAAGUGCUGAUGAAGUUCAUGGAGAUGCUGCCCAAAGACCUGGACUACUACGGGACCCUGCUGAAAAAGCUGGCCCCUCCUCUGGUCACUCUGCUGUCGGCAGAGCCUGAGCUACAGUACGUGGCCCUUAGGAACAUCAACCUCAUCGUGCAGAGAAGGCCAGAAAUCCUGAAACAUGAGAUGAAGGUUUUUUUUGUUAAGUACAACGAUCCCAUAUAUGUUAAACUGGAGAAGCUGGACAUCAUGAUUCGACUAGCCUCUCAGGCUAAUAUCGCUCAGGUGCUGGCAGAGCUGAAGGAGUAUGCCACCGAGGUGGACGUGGAUUUUGUACGAAAGGCGGUCAGAGCCAUUGGCCGCUGUGCCAUUAAAGUGGAGCAAUCAGCAGAGCGCUGUGUGAGCACGCUGCUAGACCUGAUCCAGACCAAGGUCAACUACGUGGUGCAGGAGGCCAUUGUGGUUAUCAAGGACAUCUUCCGCAAAUAUCCCAACAAGUAUGAGAGUGUGAUUGCCACCCUUUGUGAAAACCUGGACUCUCUGGAUGAGCCGGAGGCCCGGGCAGCCAUGAUCUGGAUCGUUGGAGAGUACGCAGAGAGGAUUGACAAUGCAGAUGAGCUGCUGGAGAGCUUUCUGGAGGGCUUCCACGACGAGAGCACCCAGGUGCAGUUACAGCUGCUGACAGGCAUCGUCAAACUCUUCCUGAAGAAGCCCACAGAGACACAGGAACUGGUGCAGCAGGUGCUCAGUCUGGCCACUCAGGAUUCCGAUAAUCCGGACCUGAGGGACCGUGGCUACAUCUACUGGCGCUUGCUGUCCACAGACCCAGUGGCUGCGAAAGAGGUGGUGCUGGCCGAGAAGCCCCUGAUUUCUGAAGAGACAGACCUGAUCGAGCCCACCCUCCUGGAGGAACUCAUCUGCCACAUCGGCACCCUGGCCUCCGUGUACCAUAAGCCCCCCAGUGCCUUCGUGGAGGGUAGCCGCGGAGUGCAGCACAAGAGGCUCCCGGGCAGCGCUGGAUCUGGAGAGAGUGUGGAGAGCCCAGAGCCAGUCUCUGCAGCAGUCCCUGAGGCCACACCCUCUGUCAUCCCCUCACAAGAGGACCUCCUGGGGGACCUACUGAACCUGGAUCUGACCCCCCCCACCACCACAGGCCCCCCACCCCCCUCCUCUGGCCUGCAGAUGGGAGCCAUGGACCUUCUGGGCGGAGGCCUGGACAGCCUGCUUGGUGGAGAUCUUGGGGGGAAUCCUGCUAUGGGACCAGGAUUUGCCGCCCCUCCCUCAUCAAUGCCCCAGUCCUUCCCUGCUCCUGCCAGCAGAGGGCUGGAUGACCUGUUUGAUCUCAGCGGAGGGGUCGGAAUUCCAGCAGGAGCCUACUGUCCACCCAAAACAGUCUGGCUUCCUGCUGUGAAGGGCAAAGGUUUGGAGAUCUCUGGGACCUUCACCCGCAGAUCUGGGGUCAUCCAGAUGGAGAUGACUCUGACCAACAAGGCUAUGUCUGUCAUGACUGACUUUGCCAUCCAGUUUAACAGAAACAGCUUCGGCCUGGCUCCUGCAGGGCCUCUCCAGGUGCUGACUCCUCUGAGCCCAAACCAAAACAUUGAGGUGGCUCUGCCACUCAACACUCUGGGCCCCAUCAUGAAGAUGGAGCCUCUCAACAACCUUCAGGUGGCUGUAAAGAACAACAUUGACGUCUUCUACUUCAGCUGCCAGUACCCCAUGAGUGUGCUUUUCAGCGAGGAUGGGAAGAUGGAGAGUAAAGUAUUCCUGGUCACAUGGAAAGACAUCCCCAAUGAUAACGAGGCCCAAUUCCAGAUUAAAGACUGCCACCUCAAUUCGGAUGCUGCCUCUAACAAGCUCCAAGGCAGCAACGUGUUCACCAUCGCCAAAAGGACAGUGGAAGGUCAGGACAUGCUGUACCAGUCCCUCAAACUCACCAACGGCAUCUGGGUCCUGGCCGAGCUCAAGGUGCAGACUGGAAACCCCACUUUUACAGUAUCGCUCAAGUGCAGAGCCACAGAAGUGCCCCAGGCGGUGUUCCAGAGCUACGAGGCCAUCUUGAAGAACUGAAGGCCACCCCCUCCCACUGUCUUGCCCACUUUCUCAAACCAGAGCCCUACUGGAGAGCAUCUACCCCAGCUCCGUCUGUCCCAUGACUCAUUUCUCUACUCUAAUGGCAUUCUGAAGGGACCGCAGGGAUAGGACACUUGAUUAGAUUUUAUUUAAGGUUCGGUGCAUUCUGAUUGUUCCUGCAUGAGGCUUCUAUAAAGGUCCAAUAUUAUGGAAAAUAUUUUUUAUAUAUAUAACGAUUCCUCAUCAAAAACAUAGCUGUAGUUGUUUUGUUUCUGCCUUCAUCUCCAAAGCUCAAAAUACUCUGUUCCACCUCGUGUUGUCAUGAAGCGGUAGUUUUCAAGUUAACAGCUACCUUUUAUCGUUAGUUCAGGAGAGAUUGGCAAUUCCAGAACUGAAGUGAUUCUAGGGAAAGUGUAUGGAGUUUAAAAACGCAGGUAAUACCUUCUGAUGUGUUACCACAUGACCUCACAAGGUGGAACAGUGUAUUUUCAGUUUGAGUAAAGAACAAAUAAAUAUGCAAAUAUGGAUUUGUGUGUUAAACAUGGGGUGAAUGGAACAAAACACAACUCCAGGUAUGUUUUUGAUGAGGAAAAAACAUUCUAACAGAUCAGAAAAUGCCACAAUAUAGGCCCUAUAAUCAGUAGCUACUUUCUCCACAAAUUGGAGUCUAAAUUUAGCAACGAGAAACAGCACCAUUGGCAACUUUCCCUCUGCCCAUGAUGAAGCAGGACUGGUUAAGAGACUAUUGUAAUUGUUGUCUGGAGCAGCACAGAUCAGAAUGCGUGCAGUGUGCAUGGUCAAUGUUGUAGUGUUUAUUUCAAUUAGAGUUUUAUAGAGAAAUGAUUGCAUACUAUUACAUAUGUUACUUAGUCAUUCCAUGUUUGAUUUGCAUGUUUGCAUUUCCACAUACUGUUAAAGGUGCAUUAUGGAACUUUUCUGGUCGACGGCCUCCAUGGAGAUGUUCCUGCUUUGCCUGGAAUAUUUCAUAGUAUGGCAUUAAACAUCUAGCUUGUUUUAUCAUCAAAGAAAUGUGUAGGAAAAAAAUGCAUUGUAGCUGUGAGAAGGGUUGCUUCUCCAGAGAUCUGACCUGUAAAUUGACCUGGUGAUGUUAGUGCUUGUGUCCAGAUUAGGGUUAUCAAAUAUCAAAAAUCAGGUAGUAAUCGAUACUAAAACUAGUAUCGAAAUAAAAUACUCACUUGCUCAAGUGAGUAUCUAGUAUCAAUACUAAAGUCACUUUCAUAGGACAGAAAUGAACCUUUCGAAAAUAGCUUUAGAAUAAUCUUGAGUUGAGUAUAACACCAUAUAGAUUAGUUUAUGCCCAUGGACCACUAUGGAACCUACCUGGAUGACUGAGAAAUUACACAGAUGUAAGGCCACAUCAAAGAUAUUACAAUUUAAUGUUGAAAAUGGCAUUUUAUUGUCUAAAUAAAGAGUGUUUUUAUUAUCAUCAUGGUAUUGCAGUCUGUAUCGAAGUUUGAAAUUUUAGUGUUGGGACAACACUACAGUGUUGCCAGGUGUGCGGUUUUCCCACGGAAAUGGCCGCUUUUUAAGAGCUGCUGCGAGUAAAAAAUAUUGUCCACAGGUUUGGCCAGAGCUAUUUUUACAUGUAAAAUGUAUUGGUUUUAGAAGAACUCAAUUUAAAGUCCAGAAUUUCUUUGACAAAGCUUCAUAACCAAAGCGCUCUGUGGAAUUUCUGUUUGUGAAAGAGGAGAGGGGCAGGGCUGUUUCACCACAGCAACGUUACUUUCAUAAAUCCGGCUAUGCAUUAUAUGGGUUUUAAACAGUUUUCAGACACUCUUGUUGAGUUGCUGAAGCCUGGCGACCCUGCAAUACUAGUCCAGAUGAGUACAUUUGCCAUAUCAUUCCAGGUAAAGCAAUAACUCCUCCAUGGUGAUAAGCAGGGAGCUUUUUUACCAGAAAGGUUUCAUUUUUCACCUUUAAGUAGAACAGCCACUGCCCUUUGCUAGUCCACAAUUUUGUAAGAAUAUACGCAAGUUUAAUAUAACAGUUUGUGUGUUUGUGUGUGUGAGAGAGAUUUUUGAUUCCUUCUGUCAAAUAAAAUGGUCUCUAAAGUGUCAAAAUGUAAUUUAUGGACUGUAAAGUGGCAUUUGUGGUUUCAUAAGAUUGCCAGGGUGACAAAAAAUACAGAAACCUCUAGUGAUGGACAUACUAAAAAGUGAAUUGUCCAAUAUAUGCAAGUAAUUACAAUUUUGGUUCCUUAUGGUUCUCAUCUAACAAAUGCCUUUUAAUUGUAUAGGCAAUAUUCAGAGCAAAUGCCUGAACUAGUGAUGGUAUCGGAUCGAAUCACCCAUGUAAUACUAUGGCAAGUACAGUGAUAUUGAUUCAAUAUACUGUUUGUUAAAUACAUUGAAACUCCUCUAGUAUUAAGAAUAUAACCGUAUUUAUGUAAAGAUAUACUAAAAUAUAAAAGAAAUGAAUGUAUUUCAAAACUAAAAUUCUAAUUUUAUGUUGUUGUUUUUUUUUUUUGGGGGGGGGGGGGGGGGGGGGGGGGUUUGCAUGAGAAUCUACUUUUUAUGCUUGAUCAAUAUCGAUCAUUUUGGUAUUGGUUUGCCAUUCACUACCCUAAACCUGCGCUAAAAGAAAUUAUUAUGUUGGUUUUCUGUUAUUUUAAACAAUUUUCAUUUGGGAUACAAUCUGUUUGAACUGCAUUGUUUUGAAACUAUUAGAGUUUUCAGUUCUCUAUAUUAAAGUGAAACUAAAAACUAAAUCUACUUAUUUUGUUACUGUGCAUAUGGUGUUUAGCAAACUAGGUAAAUUUGUUUGCAACUUUUUUUUUACUUUGCUACAAAUAAGGUGUUUAGAUGUUUAGUCCCUCUUUAAUUGACAACUGAAAACUGACUUCCAACAUGACCGAUUAAAAAGGGAAAUGUCUUAGUACCCUAUCCUCUCAUCCAGUGCUAUGGCUGGCUCCAGUGACACCAUGCCUUAUCUGACUCCCUAAGUCCUGGUCCCAUCAUGCAUCGUACCUGGUGAGAAUGUUCCUCUGCAGUGGCUGUCUCUGCUCCUCUUUAUCUCAUCUUUAAUCUGGCAUUUUGAAUGGACUCUUUACUUUCACUUGUGUGUAC